AUGGCUGUAUUAGCCCUAUGGUACCUGCUGUUCGGAUGUUUUUGUGGAGUUAUACUUAUGCAAGCUUAUCCACUAAUCGAUGCAGCCCGUGUGUAUCGUCUUCCACUCAUUAUGACAUUCAUUGAAUACCAGAAAGCAUUUGACUUGACGGAGCUGACCGACGCCAAGGGUGCGCCAGUGGGUAUCGCAUCUGUGCAGUAUAAACCUGGAUCUGGGCAUCCAGUUCUAUUGUCGUAUUAUCCGCGUUUUGGGCCACAACAGGGCAAUGCUCAGCCUACUGCCUCUGUUCGACAUGGUGCAACUUCCCAUGAAAGAGUUGCCUACACCAUUCCUAUACAACAGGGAUCAAAUCCAACACAAGCGCAAUUAGGGAUCGCAAACGUGCCGGCUUUGAAGCAACCUCGUGCCAUUCAAACUGCACAAGUGAUCCAGAAGCAAAACGAUAACACUUUCCGAUUCGCUCAAAUGGGAUCCGGUGGACAGUUCACCCUUGCACCUACUAUUGAAGGAACACCAACAAAAGGCAAGCCGCUGAGUAUGAAAACUGCAGGUGCCAAGUAUGAGGAAAAAGAUCCACUGAUCAUGUGCUUCAUAGACCAACAAUCAGCACAAAUUACUAGAAUAGAAGAAAACGAAGCCGCAUUACUAGUUGCAUUCCAACCAACCAUGACCAUCCCUCAGGCGUCGUCUCAGAGUAUCGCGCAAGAGGCAAGUCACUGCCUUGAAGACAGUCCCACAGCUGAUCUAGCUGGUGAUUCACCGCGUAUGCCAAAUAGUUGCCAGUCUGAGUCGGUUGCAGAGUCAGGAGACGCUACCAGCAAGAAUUCAACCACGUUUGAUGAUCCGUCAUUGAUCUUGACUCCAGCUGCUCUAUCCAUGCAUGAGGAGAUGUUGCGGGCCCAACAAAAGAAAAUCGAAAAGUUGCUGGAGGAGUUGGCGAAGAGUCAAGCACAUUUGAAGCAGGAACAACAGCUCAUACUGUGCGCUAAGAAAGCACAAGUCCCUACUUUAUUCGGGGAGCUGACUGCAUACGCUGAAUGGUUCUAA